AUGUCUCAUGUUGCUUUGCAAAGUGGAGGUUACGAGAGAAUGUCAUGUCAACUUCGAGAUGUCUACAACAGGGUUGCUGGUGCCAAGCGAGAAGAAAAGAUAGAGACGGACUCGGAAGGAGCGUUGGGAUUUCUUGAUUGUCUCGUAGAGAGGGAUCCAAAUUUCUUCGUUGUAUAUCAGGUGGACAAGGAGAAUCGAUUGGCUAACUUAUUUUGGGCAGAUGGAAACUCACGUGUCGACUAUGUGGCUUUUGGGGAUGUACUAGGGUUUGAUACCACCUACAUGACAAAUGAGUACAAUAAGCCUCUCACUGUUUCUCAUUGGCAUAAGAAGCCAAAUGUUGUAGUUACUGACCAAGAUGUGGCCAUGAUGGAACACAUGCCUGAUGUUACACACCGUCUAUGUGCUUGGCAUCUCAAUACAAAUGCUUCCAAAAAGGUUAAAGAUCCGAUCUUCUUGAAAAGAUUUAAAGAUCUAAUGUACAACUACUACGAGGAGGAGGAUUUUGAAGCAAGAUGGAAUAAGAACCACACAACGUUGCGAAUCGAUCAACUCCGCCCUAAAAAAAAAUUAGAAAAGAAUUAUUGCUUGCGUGAAUUUGUAACAACCAUAGAUAUGACAGUCUCAAAGCUCAGACACAACGAGACUGCAAAUGACUUCAAAAGCAGAUGCACUCGACCUCACCCACCUAAUCCUACAUGCUUGGCCACGUACUACAACCAAUGUGUUGAAUUCUACACAAAAACUAUGUACCACAAGGUUGCUCAGCAGCUUGAUUUAGAGAAUAAUUAUUUUGUCAUAAGUCAGGAGCAAGAAGGAGAGUGGCAGAUAUACACCAUUGGAAAGUUUCAGCAUCCGGAAGUCCAAUACCGAGUUCAUUACUGUGAAGGCCAACAAGCACUACACUGUAGCUGCAUGUUAUAUGAAGGUCAGGGGUACCCUUGUAGACAUUUAUGGGCUACAAUGAAAAGAUUAAACAUGAGAAGAAUACCUAAUACUCUUCUCAUGAAGCGAUGGAGCAAAUCCGCGAAGACAAAUCUCCACCUAAAUUUCAACCCCCCGGCACAAGAACAACAGCACAUUUAUGAGAUGGCUAGGUUUGGAUCUCUCAGUUCACUAACUUAUAACUUCACUUUCUAUGCAGCAAAAACAGAGGAUUCGUACACGCGUGCAAAGGAAGAGAUUGAACGGCUAACUCUAAUGUUUAAGGAAGAAUUUGAGAUGAGUUCCAAUCCAGAAGGAGAGACGCCACAACUUGGAAGAUAUCGUAACAACCCCAACAUUAUUAAAGACCCCGAAGUUGUGAGAACAAAGGGUACGGGAAAUCCAAGGGAAGGACCGAACGGGGAGCAGAUCCCAAGAAACUCAAGACAUUGUCGCAUUUGUCGCUCAUCAGGCCAUGAUUAUCGACGGUGCACAAACCGUCAACAGAAUACUGGAUCUCAGGGGCAACAGUCUGCACACAAUCAACCAACAACUGACUCAUUCAAUGAACACUCCAACGCGUAUCUCUCGGAACCGCCUUCCUCCACACAAGAAUCAUACUAUGGUCAUUCAUAUAUAUAA